UCCUGCAAAUAAAGCAUUUAGAAAAAAUAAACACACCUUACAUUUUUAUUUAACUAUUUGUUUAUUCCAGUAAUUAAACAACAAAAUGUGGGUAAACAUUGCAAAUACAUGUCAGAAAAUCAUAAUAAUGUCACACUACUUCCUUCAAACAUUCGCUUAAAACCUUUUACAAUAUUGUUGGCGUCAUUUUCAACCACAGAAUUCGAUCGAUUUCAAUGCCUUCCUCCAUUUUGCAAUAAUUCCGCCCAAUCGAUUCGUCUCUUCUCUGAUUGGACAAUAAUGCUUCAGAGGCUGGCUUCCGGCCUCCUCCCAGCAAUUGUAAUGAAAUGUUUAAUAAUAAUAAUCAAUAGAUAUUUGCUGUCGUAAUGUAGGACUCUAUCGGAACUGGUUCUAAAAUGAGCGUUACGCGAUUUCCUUCCCAAAUUCAGAAAAUUUCUUGUAACCGGCAGUUCGACGUUCCGACUCGGAAAUUACCGACUUUCAGAUCGGAAACAACACCGGUGAAAAAGAUAAUAGUGGAAAUACUCACAAAAUCAAACGAGGAAGAGGAAAAUUGAGUGGAAGCGGAAAACAUAGCUAACAGGAAAGAAACAUUCGCAGAUAGACAAAUAUAAUUUCAGAAUAGAAUGCAAGGAAUAAAACAACCAGACUACUACAGAGCGUGUAGUUUUACCGGCUUUUCCGGAAUGAUGUUUCCGGAUCCAUCCUACGGAAAGACUGCCUGGACACCUCAAAGUCCUGGGUCACAGAUCCACCAAGGUUAUCCACACCCACAUAGCCCUUUGUCGGCGCUAGGCAAGCCCUCGAUAGAACCAGUCAACUCGCCAUGGAGACCACAAGGCAGCGGACAAAUACAGUUAUGGCAGUUUCUGUUGGAACUACUUUCAGACAGUAGUAAUGUGAAUUGUAUUUUAUGGGAAGGUACUAAUGGUGAAUUCAAACUUGUGGACCCUGAUGAAGUGGCACGCAGAUGGGGCGAAAGGAAGAGCAAGCCAAAUAUGAACUAUGACAAAUUAAGCCGUGCGCUAAGAUAUUAUUACGAUAAAAACAUUAUGACAAAAGUACAUGGAAAGAGAUACGCGUACAAAUUUGAUUUCGCCGGAUUAGCACAAGCAAUGCAACCAAGUGCACCAGACCCGGCAGCGUAUAAAUACCAACAGGACUUGUUCAUGUCAAGCUAUCAUCAUAAUUCAAAAUUCAACUACCUAAAUGCGCAUUCUCCUAUGACAUCAUCACCAAGUUUGUUCCCGCCACCUUCAAGUUACUGGUCGCCAUCAAAUGGAAGCUGUUCAUUUUACCAGAAUAUUUCUAGUUCACAUAUGCCGCACCAUUCAACACCAAUGCCACCAGCACCCCACAUUGGAACCUACUACUGACGCCAGACUUGUUUUUGAAUCGUCAGAUUGUCAUUUCCGGUUACUACUUUGUAGUGAUAAGUUUUUCCGUAUCACUCCGCGGAAUGGCGGACUAUUUUGAUGGGGAAAAUUAACAGCGAGCUAGAGUGCUUAAGAACUGCGCCGCAGCUCCAGAACUGUGGAAAUUAAUUGUUUGCAAGGCAUGUGCUACUUGUUAAAGAGCAUUUUCCUUUGCAGACGUACGAUCUACUAAACUAAGUCGCUACCGAAUUAGGUAACAUAUAUUUAUGUAAGUACUCGUGCCAAUUAAUAAAGUGUCAUCAAAUAUAUAUGAAUUGCCCUUUAAGAUGUAAGAGAUUGUUUUGUAUGUGAAAACGUACUGUUGUUGAUCUAGUCAACUGUUUGAGACAGUGCCCUUGAUAUUGCCUUAUACAUACAUGUACAUUACUCGGCAGAGCUGAAACGAGACGAAAAUAACACAUACACUAAGAAAUUAGCAUAAUAAGCAACUGUUUACAAACUCUAUAAAUAAAUAUUAUAUAUAUUCAAAAAGGAACAAAAUUUCGAGUUUUUUUUUCUUUUUGACUGUUAUUCAUAUGUUCCAGCUCUGCAGUUUUACCAUGCGACUGUGAUCAAAUAUUUCAUUGUCUUGAAUAUAAACACAUAUUUAGAUAACACAUAUAGAUUUAAUUGUUUAUAGUAACUGUAACUUUUUUGUCGAAAGAAUAUAUUUACUUUUAGUUUAAAUUAUUUUUUGUUGAAUUUGUUUUAAACGGAUAUGCCUUCAGAUGAAUGUAUAAAUUUGAGUUUUGAAACAGCUAGCUCUCCACAUAUAUCAUUGAUAAAAAGAGUAAUUUUACAGAUAAAAAGUCCUUAAUGCACAUAAUUGCAAAUUAUUUUUUUUAUUUUUAUUAAAUUGGCAUAAAUCUGGAGGUGUGCAGCUUUAAUUCAUAUUACUAUUACAGUUUUUUUGCUUUCAGCAGUAAGACAUCUUGGAUUUUGAUUCAGUUUUGUUUGAAGGUAUGAAAUAUAUAAUUAUGCUUUUAUAAAAAAGAAGAUACUACAAAAAUAAAAAAAUGAAUACAAAAUAUUUCUGAAACAUUGUUAAAAUUCUAUUCCCGCCUGAUAAUAACAAGGAUAUAUUUAACUAUUUGAAAGUCCAACAAUUCAUCUUAAAUAUUAUAUAAAUGCAUUUGUAACAUUUAAAUGUCGGACUACUUUCAUGUUUUUGUUGUAUUUCUUGUACAAACAACAUGUUUAGAACAGAACAAAUAUUUAUAGAAAUAUAACUUGGGAGUUUAACUGGUUAAAGUUUAUGCCACAUGGAAUUACAAAUAGGCAAAC